GGAAACAACCUCUUUCCUGUUUUGAGCCUGCCCUCAUCCAGUCGUGUCAAAGGGGACGUCUUCAUAGUCGAAAAAGCAGUUUGUUGCAAGGUGGUUUCAUUUUGAAGACAAGAGAUUCUUCGAAAAUGUCAAGCUCCUUGGUUGUUUGUGAAGUGGAUGAAAGUCUGAAAGAAAAACUUAAGAAGUUUAGAUUUCGUAAAGAAACCAACAAUGCAGCAAUACUGAUGAAAAUAGACAUGGAAAAGCAACUUGUUAUCCUGGAGGAGGAGUAUGAGGACAUUUCAAUGGAUGACCUGAGAAAUGAGCUUCCAGAACGCCAACCCAGAUUUAUUGUCUACAGUUACAAAUAUGUCCAUGCUGAUGGGAGGGUGUCUUACCCCCUCUGUUUUAUAUUUUCCAGUCCGAUGGGUUGUAAGCCAGAGCAACAGAUGAUGUAUGCAGGCAGCAAGAAUCGACUGGUGCAAUCUGCAGACCUCACAAAGGUCUUUGAAACCAGAAAUGUUGAUGACUUGACAGAAGAGUGGCUGAAGAAUCAGCUGGCGUUUUUUCGCUGAGCGUCCGUCGUCCGGCGGCUUCACUGUCACUGGAUUUUGAGUUUGUCGACCACAACUACCACUUUCAUUUGUUGCAUAAUUAAAUCACAGACUAAACCGCUCAGUUUUCAUCAUCAUUAAAGCAUUUCACUUGA